AUGACGGAGUCAGGCUCCCUGAACUCGGUUGUGCAAGCGUCUAACUACUAUUUCAUACUAAAAACAGAGAACUUACAGCCUCUUCUUGAGAUCACAUACCAGUUAACUGAACAGAUAGAGAGCAACCAGACUGUUAUUGAUAAGCUAUGCUACAUUGCAGACAAUAAGAUCAGAUACCCAGAAACAACGAUUAACUUUGAAAAAUUUGGUUUGACUUUAGCGGAAGACGGAGAAUCAGAUUCAAAAUCUACAGAGAGCGGAGGUAAAGAUGAUUCUAUCCAUGAAAAAGACCACGAGAUCACUAAAUUAAUGGCUAGCAUUAAUGAGGAGGACGAGAAGGAAAGAGAUCAAGACGAGGACGUAACACAAGGUGAAGAUGAUCCAAUAAGAUAUUUACUUGUUCAGAAGUAUAGUCUCGAUAAAAUUGAAUUGGACAGUACCCCAGACCUUGGAGUCUUUGCUAGUAACGCCAGAAUUGCACAGUUAGUGGAAGACAAUAUGAAAUUAACAAAAAUACGACAGAUAAAAAAGUACAAGAACCAGGAAUUACUAAAGCUUAUCUAUGACUACGAGAGAUUCAUCGUCGAAGAUAUACUACCCUCCUUAAGAUCCGAAUUGAUUAAACUCACAAGUACAACGACAUGUACGUCAGCUGAUGACAAGUCUUUACAAGAUUACGUAGAGCUCAAAUUUGAAUUAUUGGGAAAAAUGUACCAAAGGUACACCAUGAACGUAAAGUACUUACUGAAGCUACUACUGUACUCGCAUGCCCUUCUUCGAUAUCUGAGCGAUAAAGAGGAUUUACUAUACAAAUUGAGUCACCAAUUUGAAGCAUUGGAGUUUCUUCAGAAAAAUAUGUCUAAAUUGCUAAAAUAA